UGAGCCAAGAGGUGAUCGUGUCGUAGCUCAGAAUUUCGUUUAGUCCCAACAUCUUGGAGGACUAGAAGGGCUGACACACCACAUCAGGAUGACCAUUUCUUCGCCCUCCGACAUUGAGACCACAUCCCAAAACCCUAUCUGGAAGAAGGGGCAUCGUAAACCACGGCAUACCCACUUGCCAUUCCAAGUUUUAUUACAGCUAGUAUGCCUCUACACAUUGCAUCUACACCGACAACGUCGAAAUUGUCAUGGCUCGAAGUCAACAAAGUUAGCGGUAGAAAGGAAGCAAGAAUUCAGUAAGUGAACUAUUCCAAAAGCUUCCACACUUGACUUAGAAUCACUUUAUCGAAAAUUUUCGCAUACAUCAGUAGUUUUUGCACUCACAUUUUGAUUAGAAUUUGCUCAGUGUGAACCAUUGAUGAAGACCUAUACUUCUCACCUUCACUGAACAAGAU